UGGAUAGAUAUAUAUUAAAAGAGGGAGAGAGAAAUGGAGGUGGAGAGAAGAAGAGGGAAAAUGGAAGAGGAGAGAAAAAAUGAAGAGAUGAAGAAGAUGGGAAAUGAUUAUGAUAAUUAUCAUAAAGUUGAAAUGGUUUUUAGGGUUUUGGGAUUUGUAUUGAGUUUUGUGGCAGCCAUUGUUGUGGGACUUAACAAUCAAACCAAAGUUGUUCCUCUUGCCGUCUCCCUCAACUCUCCUCCUUUGGAUUAUACUUUCAUUGCUAAAUGGCAUUACUUGUCUGCUUUUGUGUACCUUUUAGCAACAAAUAUAAUAGCAUGUUCAUAUAGCUUCCUAUCGUUGUUCCUUUUGUUGAAAAACAAGAGCAAGGACAACAUCUUAGGCUUAUUGAUCAUCGUUCUCGACACGGUCAUGGUGGCACUGCUCUUCUCCGGCAGCGGAGCUGCAGGGGCCGUCGGAGUUAUCGCUUACCAAGGGAACACACACGUGCAAUGGAACAAAGUGUGCGACAUAUAUGGUAGAUUUUGCAAGCAAGUAGCAGCCUCUACUGUGCUUUCUCUUGCUGGAGCUGUUGUAUUUAUGUCCUUAGUUGUUUUGGCUUCUGUGGGCCUCCAAAAGAGGCCCAAUUAAAUGGGCUGGGCUUUUAGCCUGUCUUUCAUCUUCUUGAUAGUAUGGGCUUUAGGCCCAGUAUAAACUUCCCCUGUAGCCCAUUAAAGUUAAUUAGGUUAUCAAUUAUUGUGGAACUGAAAUGUUAUAAUUUGUUACACUUGUAAUAUCCAAAGGGAGACUACUUUUUAUUUAUGUAGAAUAUUUUAUUUACCACUUCGUCUUCUGGUUUAGUAAAGCGAAAAGUAGUAUCUACUCGAGUCAAAUGUUCGAAUCUGUACUUGAAAAUAAAGAAAAAUAGAAUUUGUGAGUAUU